UUAUGUGGUAAAAAGUUCUACAAAAAUAUUGUAAAAAUAUUUUGUUUUAAAAUGCAAUUAAUAAACAAGUGCUUAAUCUUACCAAACUUAUAUUAUCAAUUACAAAGAUACUUUACAACGUUUCAUGGAAGUGCUGUAAAAAUCAGUAAUAUAGUUCCGGAAUUCAAUCUUUCCUAUCUUCUGAAUCCAGAGAAUACCCAAAAAAUUGCAGAAAAUAUUGCUCGACGUAAAAAUGUUGGUGACAUUGAAAAAGUUCACGAGUUGGCCAGGAAAUUGUCUCAUGGUACAGCAGAAGAAUCAACCACAAAAAAACAAUUGGAAGAGGAACUUUAUAAAAUUCCUAAUGAUACCCAUCCAGAUGUUAUCAACUACGGAGAUGAACCAAAGAUCGUUCAGUUUGUAAAUGAAAAGAGAUCCUUUCCAUUUAAGGCGCUGCAAUUUGCGGAGCUCUGUCGGAAGAAUAAUCUCUUGCGUAUGGAGAAUUUAGGAAAUUUUUCAGGACACAAAAGCUAUUAUUUGCUUGGAGAUCUAGCAGAGUUCGAGCAAGCGCUUCUGCAAUUCACUGUGGACCGCCUCUCAAAUUACAACUUUGAAUUGAUCUCUGUUCCUGACAUUGUUCCCUCACAAAUUAUUGAAGGAUGUGGUUUCAGCACCACAGGUGAGAGAAAUCAAGUUUACAAACUCGAUCAAUCUCCACUGUGUCUAUCGGGAACGGCGGAAAUGUCCCUCGCUGCAUAUUUUGCCGGAAAAUCCUUACCCAUAGAAUCACUUCCGAUUAAGGUCAUGGCUGUAUCCAGAUGCUACAGAGCUGAAGUAUCUGGCUUGCAGGAAGAGCGUGGGAUCUAUAGAGUGCAUCAAUUUAGUAAGGUGGAAAUGUUUGGAGUUGCUCAACCUAUCAAAUCUAGUGAACUUCUUGAAGAAUUUAGACAUAUUCAAAUGGAAUUGUUCAAGGAGUUAGGUCUUCAUUUUCAAAUACUUGAUAUGCCCCCAGUGGAAUUGGGAGCACCAGCCUACAGGAAAUAUGACAUAGAAGCCCUUUUAGCAAGUCGCGGGAACUAUGGUGAAAUUUCCAGUUGCAGUAACUGCACUGACUACCAAGCUCGUCGUCUAGCCAUCAAGACAUCUUCCGGGGAGUUCCCUCAUACAGUCAAUGGGACAGCUUGUGCAGUACCUCGAAUGUUGAUUGCCAUACUUGAAUCAUUUCAAAAUGCCGAUGGAACAAUCUGUGUGCCUGAUGCUUUGCGACCUUAUGUAAGUUUUGAAAAAAUGUCACGCCGAAAGACAAUCCCACAAACAAAACUUGUAAAGAAGAUUGAUAAUCCCAAUUUUGUGGGAUAGUCCGAGGCCAAAAGACACGAACACAGUAAACAAUUUGUCGAUAGAUUUAUUAAGAAAUGAAAUAGAAUUCUUUUGUUAGUUGAUCCAUGAAAAUAAAACUCAUUAUGAAAUAAAUCUUGUCAUUAUAAAAUAAAAUAGCUUAUGUCAGUCGGCGUCCCCGGGGCAAAAAAUAUAAAGAUUAUAAAUAAUCAUGGCAAGAUAAUAAUAGUAAAAAAAAGUAAUAUUUUGCUGAUCUACAUACUGUCUCGUGGAGGAACUAUUGUUUUGUCAUACGAUGAUACAAUAUAUUCAGGAAGUCUCUCCUGAGAAUCAUUUCGCGCAAUUACAAUUAUAUAAAAAAAAAGUAUAUAAUAUAAAGAGAGUCAUAUGGUAAAGAAAAUUGCAAAAAAUUAAAUUGAGAAUUCAAGGCAUUAAAGAUUUGUUAAAACGA